CCUACCAUCACUUGGAAACCCUAGCCGCUCCUCCAUACCAUCGCCGCUUCGCUUCCUCCUCUCUAUCGCCAAAACUCUCUCCUCCUCCUCCCUUCCUGUUAUCAUGCCCAGCCACAGUGACCACUGCUUCUCUUUCUUUGCCUCCCUCCUUCGUCGUGGCUUGCCCUCUGUCGCCCUCUCCGUCCGCUAUGCCUCCUCAUCAAGCGUAGGCCUCCCCAUGGACCCUGCCCGCCUCCUCCGUACCUUUUUGUCGUCAUGCCGAUUUACGAAGGCGUCCCAGGUCUUCCUCUCCUUCACCUCUCUGUCCAUCUCUGACCCAUCUCUUCUUGACUCAAUGAUCCUUUACUACUGCAAGCUCCGAGACCUUCCCCAGGCCCAAUCCCAUUUUAAAUCCAUUAUACAGCUCGAAACUUUGCCCAGUUUAGUCUCGUACGGCACGUUGCUUCGGCUAUUGUGUGUCAAAGAGCAGUUGUCGCACUCUCUUACUGGUUUUCUCCAUGGCCAAAGCUGGUGUUCUCCCGCCUGCAUCCUCUUAUCAUGUUUUGAUUACUCGGUUGUGCUCCGAGGGUACCUGAAUGAAGCAUGCUUCCUGUUUGAUGUAAUGCUUGGUGAUAGCAUUCGGCCCUCUCUCCCUUUGUUGAAGUCCUUGGCUUAUGGCUUUUUGCAAAAGGCAGAGAAUGUUGGACGCUGA